GAUAAAGUAAUACUGCUGCUGUGAUUCCCAGGAGAAAAAUUAACUUGGCUAAACUCCUGCUUUGGGGCAAACCUAGGAGCAGAUGGACCAGCCUUUUGUUGUCUGAAAGCACCCUGACCAGAGGCCCUCUUUUUUAUGGUGCCUCAGUCAGACAGCCCUAGAAUUUAGAUCCUGGAGCUAGAAUGACAUCAAAAAUCCUGGCAGCUCAAGCUGCCUCAGACACCUCUUGGGUGGGUACCAUGAUGGUAGCUGCGUGCCAGCAGUGCUGUCCUGAUUGCCUCCGUUUACAGAACUGAUAGCUGGGGCAAGGGACUGGGUCUGAGCCGGACAGCCUUCUCCAGAGGCCUCUGGCCCCUUCUAGAGGCUGGAGGACAAGGUCAGCACCACGGACAGCCCCACGGUCCAGUCUUCCUUUCCAUGUGCCAGAAAAGACUGCAGAUCUGGACUAGUCUGGUCUGGGGACAAGCCCCCUGGUCACUGCUGGCCGUUCUAAGCAGGUGAAGGACUCUCAUGGCUGGAGCAAUCUUUACUCCCCAACAGGCUUCUCCCUCUCUUGAGCCAGGUGUCACUUCCAGAGACGCGCCCCACGGGGUCUUGCAGCCGCAAGGGUCGGACUCGAAGCUGCGGCCGUCAUUGCUCUACAAUCAGUGCAUGUUCCUCGCUGACGUCAGCCGGAGCUGUCCUGGCGCUAUAUAAGGCUGGCGGCAGUCCCGGGACAGACCCCGUGUUCCCCAAGGCGCCCUCAGCCCGCCCCGAGGGACCGAGACAGGAGCUCCUUCCUGCAGGGGACAGACGCUCUCCGGCAAACUGGCCGGUGGUACCAUGAGGCCGGCGGGACGCGCGGCGCUGCUGGCGGCGCUGCUGCUCCUGGCACAGCUGCGCCCGGGGAGCAGCCAGUGGAGCCCGGAGGCGGCGGCGGCCGGGGUCCAGGACCCAAGUCUGCGCUGGAGCCCCGGGACACGGAGCCACGGCGGCGGGGCCCGCGCGCUCCUCUUGCUGCUGGCGGAGCGCUUCCCGCGCCGCGCGGGGCAGGGCCGAUGGAGAUCCGCGAUCCCGGGCGAGCGGCCGCGACGGGACGACCCUCCGCUGUCCAUUGACCUCACCUUCCACCUGCUACGGACCCUGCUGGAGCUGGCGCGGACGCAGAGCCAGAGGGAGCGCGCCGAGCAGAACCGCAUCAUAUUCGACUCGGUGGGCAAGUGAUCGGCGGGGUCUGGGGCCCCGAAAAUCUCGACCCCCAUCCCCCACCCCCGGGCUGAGACGUGCGCGACAGGAACUGACCCGGUCCCGCGGGGCUAGAGCGGCCUAGGGAUACCCUGAGCACUCUCCGCGUUACUAGUUUUUAAUAAAAGUGCCGAAGAGCCGUUGGCCUCUGCUGCGGGGCGCGGGGAACCACAGCACGGUGUAAACCCGUGGGAAAGUGGGGCUCCCAGGUCGGCGAGAGGGGACCAGAUGCUGCGGGAGGGCUCCGCGAGAACGGCUUCCAGCCAGGGUCCUGCGGUCCCCAUCGUCCCCAAGCCUCCCAGGAACUCAAGCCCAGGUGCCGCCGCACCACGCCCGACCCUCUUGGCCCUGGGCUUGCGAAUCCGUGCCUGAUAUCGAGGAGGUGCCCAAUAGGGGUUCAUUCCACUUCCGC